AUGAACGAUGGCACUGACCAGAAUAAAGAAGAUCCGGAUGCUGACGAACUGUCGUCAGAGGCGGAGAGGCAGAAAAUCAACUCGGCACAGAUAUUCAGCGAACUGCAAGCGCGUCUCGGCGUUCCAGGGAGACGGUUGAUGCAGAUCACAGACGGGACUGGGCUUCAGUGGCUCGAGCUACGCGACGGGCGAAUGGUUUUGGACAAGAUUUUCGACGAGCGAAUCUUGCAGCAGUGUGUUUCUACCAAUUUGGUUGCGGAGCAUGCGACGCAGAGCGGGUCUUCACAAAUGCCGGUAGUUACAACACUCGACGAAUCGGCUUUGCAAGCGGAGCAAAGCGCUCUGCGGUGCCUCACACUUGGCGGUGGAUUGGCGAUACAAACAACUGCGGAGAGUUCCUUGAAAACAAGCGGUGAAAAUUCAGAUUUUCGGGUCAUCUUACGCAACGUAGUGUUUAGUGACGCGGAGCGCGCUGCACCUAUUCUGCAAAGACUUCUAGCCGGUGGAGAAGUGGUGGCAUGCAGGAAGCUGGUUGGAGAUGCUUCGAUUGAGCUUCACGAAACGCAAACGGAGCAGGAAGUGGAGCCUCCACAGCGCAGUAGCUCAGCGAGGGUUUUGAAGACACAGACUGUGGACAUGGCAAGCAUGCACGACGAUCUCAAUCGUUCCUUUGCAGAACAACCGCGACAAAGCGCUCCCGAGACAUCGAUGCCUUUGGUGGAAGAGCCUCCAGUCCUACACACAGAUUCUGUGGUGGUUGAUUUCGACAACGCCGAUGCCGUGAGCCGCCCACGAAAAUCAGUUCCGGUAGAGACAAAACAUGAAGAAGCGGUAGUUGAUGUCGUUGCACGUCAUGACGAAGAUGAUUUGAGUCCAACUGCGGAACACGCGCCUCCAAGGAGCAGCAGGUCAUUUUCGAAGAGUUUUGGAAAAGCCAAGAUAUCGAAGGGUGCUGCUCCACCAGUGCCGUUGAAAAAGGGUGAUGGCAAGCAUCCAGCGUCUCCGGCUAAAUCAACGAAAAACGUGCCAGCGGUGCCCCUGAAAUCCGUAAAGGGAGAGGCCCGGUUCUCGUCGAGCACAACAAAGAACGAUGGUAGAAGCCUGGUACGUGAAGAUGAUGAAACUGUAAUAUCCGAGCACCCGAGUCCAAGCACGUCGAAAGGCAGCAAGAACGUGCCUCCAGUACCACAAAAGGGAAAAACAGAGCGGCCGUCCGAAAUAGACCAUACGAUCUCCGCGCAGGACCUGAAAGAUAAAAGAUCGGCACUGGCGUCGCUUAUGUAUGGCAAACCACGAGACGAAUCUCCGACCAGUAGUGCGCCUUCCCCUAGUAAUGUGCAAGAGCGGGGGCAAGAAGAAGCAUCGGUCGGGGCCGGGGUUUUUGCUGCUAGUAAACCUGCCGCAGCGGUGCACAAAGGACAGAAAAGUGUACCCAAAGUGCCAUCAAAGGGACUUCCCACACGCAGCGCUGUUAGUGUUGACGAUAGUAGAGACUCGUCUCCAAGUCCAGAAGACGUGCGGGAUUCCGUACUGAAGUAUCUCGUACCUGCAAAACCUGACUCUCCACCUUCCUUCGGGCCGAGGAUCUCGUCGUCGAGUCACGAAGAUGAACAAGAACAUGCGCCGUCAACAGCGAGCAAAGGUCACAACCCUAUCCCAGACGUCCCAGAAAAAGGAUCAUCCCCGUCUGCUCCUAGUCGUGUCUCAUCGAAAAAUCUCGGCGCCGGGCGGAAGAGCGCCGACAAGCAGGUUCUCUUCCAGUGGUCACCAGGCAAAGGGCCGGCAGUCAAAGGCCAGGCCACGUUGGAUCGCAUGACGCGCCAGUCAGCGACUACCCAGCGACUUACAAAUGCUCCUGCAGCCAGUAUGGACGCCCGUCGAGACGCCCUGUCAGCGUUACUUGGAC